UCUAUCGUUUAAUAUAUUAUCACUAAUACGUGCACGCGCCCUAAUUUUUAUGUGUAAUUUAACUUAUAUUUCGAUAUAUGUUGAAAUUGACCUGCAAUGUGCAGCAUUGGCGAAGAUGAUUUUGGUGAUGAAGGUGCCACGCACACAAUGUUAUCUGGUUCCUCAGCAACUGGCUCUGUUUUAAAUGCUGGCAGCUGCAACAAGUGCGGCCUUAACUCUCAAAAGCUGUACAAACUAAACUUUCGGAUGGCUGAAUGUUGUGAAUGUUUUCUUAAGUAUGUUAGGCAUAAAUUUCGUGCUUCAUUAGGCGCGGCUAAAGUGCUGCCACGCAAUUCUGAAGUUCUGCUGGUGAUUGAUGGAAGCUCAGAGUCAUUGGUGCUACUGGACAUGCUUCACUCUGCACAGACCCUGAAUACGUUUAAGCGGUUGCAUUGCAACGUCCGCGUGCUAUAUAUUGAUGCUCGUUGCCCGGCCAUUAAGGAAGAAAACGUUCCUCUAAAGGAGCUUAAUGAGCUGCAACGGCGUUACAGUCCGUUUGAGUUUUAUAUUAUUCAGCUAGACAGGGAGCCGCAAAGCGUACAGCUGCUUAAAGAUUAUACUGUGCGUCCGUUGGACUCGAUUACGAAUGAAUUUAACAGUUCGACUUCACGUCAGGAUUAUGCGCAGCAGAAACGUAAAUUUCUUAUUGGCGGUGUUGCUGUACAGCUGGGAUGUUCAUACGUAUUUGAGCCUAGCAUAAGUCCCAGCUUGGCUACUCAACUUUUGACUUCUGUAGCUCUGGGACGCGGAUCAAGCCUUGCGUUGGAUGUCGCCUUGUUGGAUGAUCGCCUGCAGGGAGAUGUAAAGCUGUUGCGUCCCUUAAAGGAUCUGACCGAACAGGAAGUGCAAUUCUACGUCCAUUCACAGGAUCUUAAAGAUUUUCGUUUGAAUGAUACUAGUCAUUUGACUGGUGAUAGCUUGCAAAGUUUGACCAGGGAUUUCGUUAACAACCUUCAAUUAAAUUAUGCAUCUACGGUGUCAACCGUUUUUCGAACCGGGGAUAAAAUUGCUGCUAAGCAUAACUCCCAAGGAAUUCCGGCUUCAUACUGUGUGUUCUGUCAAUCACUACUCGAUACUGAUAUCUCUGACACCUUGCUCGCAAUCGAAUAUUCGCGGGCUGUCUCCGAAAUUGGCGUGGCACUACAGCUGGAGCAUAGUAGUGACGUACUGGAGAAACGCGUCGUAGAGCGUUUGAACGAAAGAGAUGAUAUGUGUCAUGCCUGUCGCAAUAUACAAGCAGACCUGAACAGUGGUACCUUAAUUUAAUUAAAUCGAAAUACAUGUUUAA